AUGGAAGACCUGUUGAAACAGGACCUCAACUUCCUGGAAGGCAGUAGGGAGAGGGAUGAAAUGGCCGCUUUUGGAAAAUCUGUCAACCACUACCAGGAUCAUGGUGUAGCUAUUGGGAGGUCGCUGAGGCACAGGGAGAGGAUGGGGCUUGCCAGCUGGAGCAUUACGGGGGCAAAGAGGAGGAAGGAGAAAACAAAGGGUAUUGAUAACUCCCCGGCAUUUAGCCAACCAAUAAAAUGUCCAAUCAAAACGGUCGAGAAGUCCCAUCUGAAGCGAGCGAAGAAACAACAAACGGGCCCGGAGGUAAAGCAGUCACGUGGACAUCCUGAAUGCCACCGGUAUACAAUGAGAAUGAAUGCCACUUCGAUCGCCAACGAUUCAAUCAUUAUACCGUCUGGAUUUUACAUUAUCGGAUUUACGGAUUUAAAGUUUGCUGAUUUAUUUGUAAUUUUCCUUGGCUUCAUUUAUAUUGUAACAGUUCUGUGCAACUGUUUCAUUGUUUCUAUUAUAUGGAUGGAUCAUAGGCUCCACACUCCAAAGUACAUUGCAGUAGCAAAUUUAGGCGUUGUUGACUUGAUGGGCAGUACAUCCUUUAUUCCAAGUACAAUCAAUACUGUUGUUGCGAGAGAUACCUUCAUGUCCUUCAAUGCAUGUUUAACACAGAUCUUUUUUUAUUACUGUUCUAUAAUAUUAGAGUCAUUUUCCCUCAGUGUACUUGCCUAUGACAGGUUAAUUGCAAUAUGUUUUCCACUGAGGCAUAAUUCUAUCAACACUCCCACAAACAUGAUCAGUAUUUUAGUGAUUCUUUGGGUGGUUUUUGCAAGCGUCAUGGUGUUCUUGGUCGUGAUCUUGACAAAACUGUCUUUUUGUGAUUCACUCACUUUGAACUACUUUGUAUGUGAGUAUGCAGGUGUGUUCAAUCUAGCGUGCAAUGAUAACACAAUGCAGUGGGCUGCUGCUGUUUCUCUGAGUAUGCUGCUUUUGUUUGGGCCCCUUAGUUUAAUCCUCUUGUCAUACGCCUGUAUUUUGAGAGCCGUGUUUAGAAUGAAAAGUGUGGACAGCAGGUACAAAGCACUUGCAACCUGUACAGAACAUCUCAUUCUGGUGGCGAUUUUCUAUGUGCCGACCAUAACACUGUACAUCACUGAACUUUUCUUAAUCCAUGUUGAUCCACAUAUCAGAAUGGUGAACUUGUCAUUAGCUUCAAGCAUCCCAUCCUGUCUGAACCCAAUUGUGUAUUCACUGGCAACCAAAGAAAUCAGGAACAAAAUACUGGCUCUGUUCCGGAAAGUCAAAGUAGCAGAGUGGUCAGGGUAG